AUGGGUUCUAGGGUUGUCCUGAUGGACCGUAUAGAUUACCAACGAAAUAUGCAAUGUAUCCUCAAUGAUACCAACAAGUUUUUGCGACAAAAGACAUGUGAUGACCCCAAAGAGCUGGAAUGGAAAAUCGCCUCUGAAGUUCAGUUCCUAUUGGAAGGACACCGCGCGGGACCUGAGGACGAGAGGAGCUCAGAUUCCCCAGCUUUAUGGCCUGCUGAAACUUCACAAGCCAGGUGUGCCACUCAGAAAAAUUCUAUCUAUGACGAGCUCACCACAGCACCAAAUGGCGAAAUGGCUGGUUAA